GCUUGACAGUUAACUGACAGACAGACAUCUUAAUUGUCAUUUUCGUCGAGUUUUCGACAGAUUUUCCUGUGGUGUUCUAUCGGUUGGUGUAAUCGAAGAAGAUUUCAGUGGUCUCUUGUAGUAAUCAAAAAAUAAUCAAAAUGCAAGGCUUAAGCUUGCAAAGCUUGAAAAAACACAAGGCUCUGAUCCCGCUGUACGUGUGCACGGCGCUGGGGUGCGGCGGCGCGGUGUUCUACCUGGCGCGGCUGGCACUGCGUUCGCCCGACGUCACCUGGAACCGCAAGUCCAAUCCCGAGCCUUGGGAGGAAUACAGGACCAAACAAUACAAGUUCUACUCCCCAAGCAGAGACUACGACAAGGAGGGGUCCCCGGCACCCAAGUUCUAAGCUGCAUUGUUAUUUUGUUACUAAUAAUCAACAGUAUGUCUACAGACUUUAGAAGGUUUUAAUUUAAUAAAUAGCAAUAAUGUGAUAAUCCAA